GGCCAUCCCUGGUCAAAUCAUAUGUUACUGAACAUUUAACAGAAAACAUUAAAAAUGUCAAUAAUAUUAAAACGGAAUUUACGCUCGCCAUGGCUAUUAAAGCAAGUGGUCGCCUGUUACAGUUCAAAAUCCGGUGAUGCUCCUGCUGCUGCCGCAGUCAAAACAAUUCCCAAGAAUCUGCUCGAAGAUAAACAAACCGCCUACUUGCAAAAGGAGAAUGGAGUCAUUUUUGACAAGAAACCAUUCAAAAUCCAUCUAGACAAAGAUAAAACCUACAGCUGGUGCUUAUGCGGAAAGUCCAAAUCGCAGCCCCUUUGCGAUGGCAUGCAUAAGAAUGAGUUCCUGAAAAUCAAGGAGAGACCCAUACGUUUCAAAGUGGAGAAAUCUGGAGACUAUUGGCUAUGCAACUGCAAGCAGACCACUCAUAGACCCUUCUGCGAUGGCACCCACAAGCAACCGCAUAUCCAGGCAGCUGUUAAGUAAUUGCAUUUAUUUUUUUUAACGGAUCGUUCUCAAUUCCCCGAUUCGCAGUUACGGCUCUGUAUAGAGCAGUAGCUGGUAUUAAAUUUGUUAAAAUACAGAGACAUUAUUUUGAAUCAAGCAA